GGUGUUCAUGCCGAAGCAAGAUGGAAGUUAACAAUAACGUGUAUGAUUUUCAAAAUGUUGUUUAAUAAUUCAAACAAUUUUGUGCGUCUGUUUCUGACUCUUUUUUCUCUUUUCUUAUUGGUGCAGGAUUUCUCUAUCCAAUGAAAUCCAGCCGAAUCCACAUUCUUGCGUGGCGGGAUUACGAGUUAUAGCGAACAGUUCCUUCUUUAAAAGUUUAAAAGUUGGUGCAUCUCAGCUGGUCUGCGCUCUUGAGCUCGAGCUUCUCACACGGCGAACGCUGUUUUGCUCUGUCCUGCUCGGUUCCGCAAAUUCGACAUGGAAGGUGACUUUUCAUCGUCCCAGGGCAUCGCGCAGCUCCUGAACAACUACUUCGGGUUCAAGCUACUGCGGCAGGACGUUGACACACCACCCAAGGACCUUCUCGUAAACGUCACUUUAGCAGUUUGCAGGGACUUGGGCUUGAAUGAUAAUGGCAUUGAACAGCCGGCUUUCAUGCACAACAUUUCAGCCGACAUUGACAUCAUACUGCCUACACUUCCAUUCACCCAUACUCUGAAGCUGAUGAAGGAGGUCUUUGCGCGUCUGGGAGUGCCCGACAUUGGUUCCGCGGACCUUGUGGAUCCUUCGCCGAAGCGCACGAGGAGACUUAUCAAAGUGCUGCUUGAAAAUUGGGUGAAACAACGGUCCCUCAUGCAAAAGUACGACGCCAUCCAUCAGGCAUACGCAAAGGCAAUAGAUGAUAGGGAAGUACAAAAAAUGGAACUGAAUUCUGUCAAGUCCCAGUUGAACCAACUUUUGCUUCACGCUGGCUGUCAGGAAGAGCAGAGGGCUUUGGUACAUGAAGAGGGGCGGAGCGCAGCACAGCGAAAGGAGGCAGCCGAACGGAGACAGGCAGCGCAGAAAGAUAAUUAUCAAGACCUAAAGCUUCAACUGACAGCAUUAGUUGCAACAGGAGAGCAACUGCAGUGUACAACUGAUCAGCUGAAGGCAGCAAUACAGAAGACAAUUGCUGCGACAGAAUCCGACCCGGGACUCAUCCGAGAACAGCAGCAGGAGGCAACGGAUGCGUUGGCCAGGUGUCGCCAGCAGGCGUCGACCAUAGUGGCGGAAAAAGAGAGGUUCAAACGCCGCCUGGAGGAUGGAAAGCAAGCCGAUCGUGCACGUGCCUCGCUGAAGGAAGGUCUGCAAGAGGGACUACAGGAAUGGGCUGUCACGAAGGAAACUGUCAACGCUUACGAAACAAACAAAACUGGGAGAACUGCCAAGGAGGCAAAGUACCACGCAGCCUGCAAGGCCUGCGAACACUUCAAGGAAGAAAGUGCAGUGACUAAAGAGUGUAUGGAUAGGGAGAGACACAAACUCCUUGCAAAGUUGGAGGCUCAGAAUAAGUGUAACAUCCAAAUGAUGCAGCAGUUGCAGAGCACUCAUCAACAGGAAGGCAGACUGCAGGAGGAGAUUGGGAUGCGUAAGUUGGAGCUGCAGAAGGAGCUGGAAGGCCAGAAGGCAAAGUGCGAGGAGGUCAGAGCCCUCCUGCACAAGAAGGAGGAGGACACCAAGAGGAAGACAGCGCGUAUAAUGUCGGACUUCAAAAAGUAUCACGAUAAAUUUCGUUCCACGUGUAAAGAAGUUCAAGAUGCACUCAAGAAGGGCUGAAACAUCUUCUGGAAUUUUUUUAUCAUAUUUUAAGAUUUAUCCUAGUUCCCUUUUAUCAUUUCCUUCUGUUGUACAGGUUAUAUCAUAAUAAACACAAUUUUUAUCUAA